UACCGCUGUGCGCGUCCUGGUAACGGAGCGGCGUGGAGCGGCGCGAUGUUGGUGUUAGUGUUAGGGGACCUUCACAUCCCACACCGGUGCUCUGGUCUACCUGUGAAGUUCAAGAAGCUGCUGGUUCCAGGAAAGAUUCAGCACAUCUUGUGUACAGGGAACCUCUGCACCAAGGAGACCUAUGACUACCUCCGGACCCUGGCUGGGGACGUCCAUGUCGUUAGGGGGGACGCUGAGAGCCUGAAUUAUCCUGAAGAGAAGGUUGUAACUGUCGGGCAGUUCAGAAUUGGGCUGAUUCAUGGCCAUCAGGUAAUCCCCUGGGGCGAUGUGGCCAGCCUGGCCCUGCUGCAGAGGCAGCUGGAUGUGGACAUUCUCAUCUCUGGACACACGCACAGAUUUGAAGCAUUUGAACAUGAAAACAAAUUUUACAUCAACCCGGGAUCAGCUACAGGAGCCUACAAUGCUUUGGAAACGAACAUCAUCCCUUCAUUUGUGUUGAUGGAUAUCCAGGCUUCUACAGUUGUGGCUUAUGUAUACCAGCUAAUUGAGGAUGAUGUGAAAGUAGAAAGAAUUGAGUUCAAGAAGUACUGAAUCAUGUCCGACUUGCUUGUUGACUUCUCACCCCCUUUCAUUGCUUCUCUUCCCGGUUAAGUCCAGGUGGAGGCAGGCCACCGGGGGGUGCUGCUGCUGCACGAUAAAGUGGCCACAGCGCUUUAUUGUGAGCUUGUAAAAGAAAACGCCCUGAAACACCACCGUUAGUUUUGGUUCCCAAACAGAAGAAACUGAAGAGAGAGGACUGUGGAGAAUCUCCUGUGUCUAUGGAGAAACUGCUAUGCUCCUAAAUAAGGAAUUGCAGAGGGUGGUGGUAGUUUGGCAUUGAACCUCUUCUGUACAACUGAAUAGAAUAAUAAACACCAGUCUUCAUGUG